AUGAACAAUAUAAUAAUUUAAAUAUGGAAUCUCAGAACGCCCAGGAAAUCAGAGAAGCUGCUGGUCAUGAAGAAGAUGAUAUAAGCCAAUCUCUGAAAUACAGUCAAGUGACUCCUCAAUGAAAGAGAAACAAGAUUGUUCCAUAUUUCGAUCAAUUUGAGGAGCAAGAUAAAGAGGAAAAAGAGGUGAGCUCUAUGAAGUUCAUGAAGAAGUUUAUGACUCUUGGGCAAAAUAAAGCUUCAGGGCUGGUAAAAAAUAGAUUUAUGGAGCACGAAGAGCUUGGAUUUGACGAAGUCUCUUCCAGCAAUGCUGAUUUAAGGUUUCAAUCACUAAAAGCAAAGACUCUCAAGGGAAGUCAAACUUUGUAUGAGGCUAAAGAGAAUAACCGAUAUGGAAGCAGUAUAGCAAGAGAUCAAGAGAAAGGAUUUGAUGAAUAUGAAGAGCCAGAUAAUCCCCAUAAAUCUUUUGGGAUAGAAGAAUCUAAAUAAGCCCAAACAUCCUGAUGAAGAUGAACUUAUAACAAUGAAGGAAGAUAAUGAAAACUUUCAAAAGCCAGGUGAAUAUUCAAGUGUAUCCUCAGAAGAAAACUCAGAUAGCUCUGGUCCUGAUAAUAUUGGAUUUCGUACAGAUCAGCUUAGAUUUCGAAGGAGAGCAGCUAUUGCUAAAUUUAAGACAAUGAAGUCCCUUGAGUAUAACCACUCUCAAGGCGAGACAAUUGAAGAAAACUCAGAAGCAUUUAUCAAAAGCGAACUAUCUAAGCAAAAAUUCUUAGAAUAUGAGAGAAGAUUUUCUAUAAUCUGGAAAAUCGUGUUGAGUAUAUUUUCGUUCAUUACUCUAUUCCUGUUUGCCUACGAGACAGGCUAUAUAAUCCGUGAGCAAUGGCGAUACACUUUAAUCUUCACAAUAAACAUCAUAAUCGAGCUUGCCUUUCUCGCUGACAUAGUUGUUCUCCUUCUCAAGCCGUUCCAGCAUCGAGGAGAGUUGUACAAGGGGUUUAGGAAAAUAUCUAGAUUCCGGCUGAGGUCCAUCUAUUUCUACCAAGAUGUCUUCGCAGCAGUCCCCUCUGUGAUCAUUGGGGAGAUCUUCAACCCAGGCUCUAUUAAUAGCCCGAAUAGUAUUUAUGGCUUUUUGUAUGUGUUCAAGCUGUGGAAAAGCAGAUAUGCGUUCCAUGUUGUCGACAAGAUUUUUAACAUUUUUAAGUCUGACCUUAAAGGAGAUAUCAGGAGGCUGCUCAAGCUUGCGAUUGGGCUGAUGUUUACAGUUCAUAUCAUGGCUUGCCUCCAUGCAUAUAUGGGAAGAAAUAGUAAUAUGAGUGAAGCAGGUUGGCUAGUCUUAAGUAACCAUGACCAUGACAGUGACUUAAAAAUCUAUCUGACUUCUUCAUACCUCGGGACAGUGACUUUCAGUGGGGUUGGCUAUGGAGAUAUUGUGCCAACCAAUAACGAUGAGGUGUUCUUCACUAUUAUAAUGAUAGCCAUCGGUUCGAUGUUUUAUACGGUGUACAUCUCAGUUGUUGCCAACUUCUUUAGCUCAAUGGACAGAGUAAAUACAUUGUACCUCCAUUAUGACGCAAGUAUUGAUUAUUUUAGGAGUGAAUAUAACAUUCCUGAUAACUUGGCUUACGAACUCAGAAAUUUUUAUAAAACUUAUCUUAGAGAGAAGGAGCUCAAGCGGACUGUUAAAAUCGAUACUAUUAUGAAGAAACUUCCAAAAACAUUGAAACUUGAAGUUCUUCUGUUUGUUCAUAAAGAUAAUUUGACAAAAAUACCAUUCUUUAUGCAUAGAGAGGAGGAGUUUUACGAAGUAUUACUUCCUCAUUUAGAGACAUUGUACUUCGAGCCAAAUGAAGUCAUCUACAAGGAAGGCUCUCGCUCACUCGAGUGCUACAUACUUAUUAAAGGAAGAAUUAGGAACGAACUUACUCAAGAAGAAGUCAAUAUUGGGGAAAUGUUUGGGUUUACAGAUAUGAUUUAUGAAAGGAACAGACUCGAGACCUACCAAAGCGAAGAGACCCAGGGGAAGGAACGGAUAGAAGUACUUUACUUGAAAAGAGAUGAAUUCUUAGACCUCCUGAAAACCUUCCCUGAAAUCCAUGAAGAGAUUAAAAUGAUGGCAAAUGAGAGGAACCAGAUCGUCCAAGAAGCCUUAGCGAUCAAGCAUGAGCUGGAAGAAACUGAUAAAAAGAAGAAGCGAGAAGCUUUGUUCAGUAAACGGAAGAAGAUCAUGCAACUUUACAACAAUUCUCUUCGUAAAAUUGGAGAAAGCAACCAUGAGUUUAGUUCCCGCGAGCAGAACAGAGAACGGCUGUUAAAGUCUAUGAGGAGCUUUGGCAACCUUUUCAGAGCAAAUGGCACCAUUGGAGGUCUCAGAAAAUUCGGAAAGAAAGGCAAGCAGAAGACUAUUAAAAAUAAGGGCAAACUCAAGCUCCUGAACACUUUGGUUUCAAUCAGAAGAAAAAUGAAAGGUCCAAAAAGCAAGACUAAGCAUGAUGGACUGCUUGAGAAAAUGAAGAGGCUCAAUAAAUCUCCUGGCAAGUUUGGUUUAACUAUCCAAAUGUUGGAAAUGAAAAAAGCAAGAUCGAAUAAGAAACCGAAAGUGAGAAAAGUGAGCAAGAAUAGCAGCAUUUCUUCAAAAUAAAUCUGAAAGUUCAAAAGAAUCUAAGCAAAUCAAGUUUAGUUUUAAUUCAAGCUUGAUGAAUGAAAAUAGUAGUCUUUAUUCUGUCAGUGAGUCAAGGAAUCAUUUAGACAGAGAGGAGAUCAGGGGAGAAGACAAAGGCAUUAAUCAGUCUAAGUUCAAAGAAAAUGCAGUUGAAGGGGGCAAUAAAUCUAACAGCUCUGACUCUCCAAAAUCAGACAAGAAGGAUAAAUCUAACUUGGAUGAAUCUAAUAAAUCUCUUUCUGAUUCCAAAAAUAACUCUUGGAAAGAUCAAUCUAUGAUGUCUAAGAAGACAAAGAAGAAAAUGUGUCACCCGCAUAAGAAUAUCUUCUCCAGGAACGAAAAUAAACUAGAAGAUGAAAAGGACCUUUUGGAGGACUCUAUUAAAUCUCUUCAGAAUCAAAGUCCUAUUGAACCUAAUGGAUCUUGAAGCAAGGAUAUUCUGGAUCUUGAUCAUUCCAUCUCAAGCUUCAAAGCGCUCUACUCAGGUCGUGGCAGAAAUUCUUCAAUUGACCACUUUGUGGAAAUUCAGAUGAAGAAAUACAAGAAAAGUAAGUUAUGGCAUUUAUGAUUAGCUCUUGUGUCAAUCCAAGAGAACAAAAACAACCUUAACAAGCAUCUAAGCUUUGGCAUUGAAAUCACAGAGCUACUUUUGGAAACUUUCAACGAGAUCAGGAACAACAAGACUGCAAUGAAAGCUUUUGAUAAUAAUCCUUCAGAGAAGCAUUCUCAGCCUUCCCAUCACAAGUAUGGAGCUAGGCUAUCUCCAGAUGAUAUUGUGCAGGAGAAUACUAGUUCUCCGAUGCUUUUCACUGAGUUUUGAUUGGACAAUUUAUUACAUACUUUUCAAAACCAUUUGCAAAUGCUAUCGCUGGCAUCAAACUAUCUUGACAUAAAUUUGGAGAUGGCUCAAAGAGUUGAGAAAAGCAUCAAAACAUUCGGAGAAAUUCGUGCUGAUCUUAGCCAAUAAAUAAUCAGCCCUAACUUGCCACCAUAGCUUCAAUAUA